GGGGAGGUCAGGUGUGGAGGAUAAAAUUGUCUUAGCUCCUCAUCUGUGCCUUUUUCUCCUUCCCAGGAAAGCACCAGAAGCAUUCACAAAGGAAACGAACAAUGUUCACUGAAAAACAAUUGGCAGAUUUGGAAUGCUUGUUCAGUAAGAACCCAUAUCCCAAUCCCAGCCUUCAGAGAGAAAUGGCCUCAAAACUGGAGAUCCAUCCCACAGUCCUGCAGGUUUGGUUCAAGAACCACAGAGCAAAACUCAAGAAAGCAAAACAGCAAUUAUCUGCGAUGGAGGUCAAGACCAGCUAUUCCAAGAGAAAUACAGAUGCACCUACAGGAUCCCCUCAUGGUGUCUGCCCUGCUUCCCUGGUUUACACGGAUCAUCCGAUACCUUCCUUCCAACUCAGCAUAUGCUCCAAUUUUAAGGCUCUCGCAGACCAUUCUGUUGGCCACAAUAUAGUCCAUUUUGGCUGCUGCCAAGAUCCUAACAUCUACUCCCUUUGUCCCAUUAUGGAAUCUCCUAUUCUUUCCACAGGCUUCACUACUGAUUCUUUUGGUUCUUCAUCUCCACAAAGAAACUAAUGAAAAAGUCCUAUACUGUAAUGAUUUGCAAUAAUUCCCACACAAGAGACAAAUACAAGAUCUAGAGCAUGGACGCAUUUCAAAAACAUGCUCCGUGAAAGAAACAACACAAAAGUGGAAUUGAGUGGAAGAGGUGCUAAACAAAUUUGUUGAGAUGGGGAUGUUUUGUCGUAAUUACGAUGGCAGUCACCUGGAUGUGUACAUUUAUCCAAAGACAUGGAACCGUAAUACACCACAAAAAACCAAUGAUGUGACAGGAUGGAGGCGUCAGCCAAUGCCAUGACGGUAAUUCGGCAAUAUAUAAUAUAUCAAAACAACACACUGUAUACCUCACACUUGCACAAUGUUGUCUGACAAAUGUAUCUCAGAAAAGCCAGAGAAAGAUUUUAAUCAUAUUUUUUAAUUCAGUUACAUCUAUAAAAAGGGACUACUAAGGAUAUUUUUCCCCUGCUUCUUUGUCUUCAUGUUUUCUCUUCAUUGUUCAGCUAAAAAGACAUAGUCAAUGUCAGUAAGUGGCAGUUGGCUUAUUUUUCAACUUUUUGUCACC